CGCCCCCCCUUUUGUCCCACGUGCUCCUGCCUGGCCAAUGAGGAGUGCCGUUACAGGCGCAAUGCGGUGGACGGGAUGUAAGGAGGAAUGGCGACGGUCGAGAGGCUUUUGGAGGCCAGUGUCGAUCUGAUGUUGACCAAACAGAAGCGGAUCGCAGGCUUUGAAUCCCUUCACUUCCAACACGGAGCUUAGUGACAUGGAGACUGAAGUGACAGUGUCGUCGGCCAACAUAGUCUCAUCCCCCACUCCACCGGGUCAGGCCAAGCUUGCAGCAAAACAGCGAGACAGUAAAAAGACUCCGUCCUCAACGCCGGCCUUUCUCUCCAACCUGGGGAGGGCCACUCUGCGGGGGAUUCGCAGGUGUCCGCAGUGUGGCGUCUACAACGGCACCCGCGGCCUCAGCUGCAAGAACAAGGCCUGUGGGGUGUCCCUCAGGAAUCAGUCAACGGUGGGUAGAAACAAGAAGUGUGCGGUGGAAGUGGUGAAAGUAAUAACAGACAGUGAGGAGAGAGGCUGGAAGGAGCGGGAAGGAGACCUGGGUGGUGGCUUGGGUGGAGGAGUGCAGGUGUUCUCCGUGUGCCACAGAGGAAGAGGGGCCACAGCGACGCAGUGGGGAUUCGUGGAGCUUGUCCCCACAGACACUGCUAUAGCGACCGGUAACGGGGCCACGCUGCUAACCCGGAUCAACCUGGGCCGCUGCUUCAUGCCGUCGUGCCGACAGGGUCAAAGGUCAAAUCGGAGCGAGGCUCAAUCCGCAUCGGCGGGUUCCCACCAGUCCGACAGCCUCUGCGUCCACAUCAAGCAAGCAAUAGAGUGUCAGAGCUGUGCGACGCCGCUGACCUUGAAGAGCUCCGUGCUGGAAGGUCUGCCGGCCUCGGUUCAAGCCAGGGAGGAGCUGUGGAGGCUGGCCACAGAGACCCCGGGGCCCCUGGUGCAGCGCGUCUCCAAAGACACUCUGGUGGUGAAGUGCCACACGGACCCCCGGCACCCGCUGGGCCUGCUGCACCUGAGUGUGGGCGCCGGCGGACUGUCCGAGGUCAAACAGGGCGAGCGAAGGGCCAGGGAGGGGCAGCCGCCCUCGCUUUUCCACUGCGCCUGCCAGAGCGGCAGCAGACGCAGCAGAGCUGGAGUCGAUGGAGCGGCGGGAGCAGGCGGCCCUCAGCCGCCGCCCGGCGCCGCCGCGCCGCCGCCCUGCCUCCACUUCUACGCCUGCGUGUGCGCACUGGCCAGCGACGAUAAACUGGCCUCAGAGUUCGCUGCUUUCAUCAACUACACGUCGAGUCAAAAGCAAAGUGCUACUAGCGGAACAGUUGCCGCCAGUGAGAAGCAGGUGGAAGCAGAGAACCCUCAUCUCAAAGCCAAGAAGCUCUGCCUGGAUGAAUCCUCCCCUGACGCCUCCUCAGCCGCCUCUAAUUCUGCAGCGGGGAAGGAGGGACUGUCAGCCUCCACGAGGAAGGGGGGCCAGAGGAGAGCCCCAGGUGGCGGAGGGCCGAAGGCUCUAGGGUGCUCCCAGGUUGUGGACGAGUGUGCGGUGACUUUGGGCUUCCAUCAGUGGCUGGCAGGUGUCACAGAGAGGAUCCACCAGACGAUGCAUUACCAGUGUGACGGUAAACAAGGGAAACCACAACCGUUGGUUUACCACAUACCUCAGGAGUUCUUCAACGCUCUGCAGCAUCGUCUGUCGCUCGGAUCCAAGAAGAGGAGGCUGCCCAACUUCACCACAGCGUUUGUGAGAAACCAUGGACCUCCUCUGGGUUCUUUCUCCAAGUACACCUGGCACUUUACUAACCCCAUGCAGGUCAAGCGCAUCUUUGAUACACCGGAGUUGCCUCUGGAGCUCUCCCAGAGUUUUGUGAGAAACUCAGACGGCUCCUACUCACACUUCCGCUGUCCCGAUCCUCCUCCCGAACCCGAGGUACCGGAGGGGUGCAGGCCCGACCGCCCCCUGGCGAUACGACCCAUGGAGCUCCGAACCUUCCUCAAAGUUGGACCCGGUCCAGCGGACCAGAAGGGGGCCGGUCCGUUUGUGAUCGAGUGGAUCCCAGACGUGCUCCCUCGCUGUCGCAUGGGAGAGCUCAGGAUCAGCUUUGAGUUUGGCCACCAGCAGAGCGGCCAGCCGGAGAACAGUGAGAAGCUGAGCGCGGCGGAGAAAGGCUGCCGUACCAAGACCAACCCGACCCAGUCCAAACCCGCGGCGGGCGUUGAAAUCGUUCAGGUGGUCGUGUAACGUCCCCUCAGUGUGCUCUUUAGCUCACAGCCUCCAGUUUGUCUGGUUUCUGAUACAGAUGCCAUUAUUUCAUUGGCACAAGCAGUGGCUAACGUACAUUAAUGAAUAAUAUUCCCAAUCUACAUAUAUUAUAUUUUAAAGUAUAUUUUUAUAUGCCGUAAUAUGUGCAAGUGACAAACAGGAAAAGCAGUUACUGAAUUUCUUUCACACAUGGGUUUGAAUGGUUUGUGCUGUCCUCUGUUCUGCCCUGUGAACAUCAACAGUAUAUUUCCCCAGCAUAACUAAACACAUUUAAUCAAGUACUCGUUUGUAGUACUCGACUUCAACAUCUCACUUAAAAACUAGUUUACACCUCUACACUCCACUGUUUAAGUGAUUGUUAGUACAUAAAGUAUCAUAUUGUGUCUGAUGAAUUGAAAGGCACUGGUGCAGACAGAAAGCUGUAGUUUAAGGGUAUUUAUAUAAUUAAUAAUAUAUACAAUACAUAAUAUAAAUCUAUACUGGUAUUUAGUUCAAUGACACUUUAUUUCAGAGCAUGGAUAUGACUGGACAGUUGUUCAGAUGUCUGUCUGCAAUUAUAGCAGUUCUAUUAAUGAAAUAUGAGUAAUAAAUACUUCACAAAUAAAUAAGCUUGAUGGACA